UUCAGCUCAUUUCAGUUCGUAUCGGUAUUCCAUACAAGACGGAACGGAACGCGGACCGGCAAUGUUUUAUGCAUAUAAGCAAACAAAUUCGCAUUGCUAUUGCAUUCAGAGGCUAGACCGUGCUAUUUAAGAACCGUAACAUUGGCGCUCUGUGUGUUGUGUGCGUGCGUGCGUGUGUGUGUAAGUUCGUACGGUGUUUACGGUGUCUACUGUGUCUACUGUGUGUAUAUGUGCAGUUAUUGCUGGUGCCGCCGCAUCAGUUUUCUGUGUGGCUUCUUUUAAUCAUUUGCCGCCUUUAUACAUAUGUAUGUAUGUAUUUCUUCUCUGUUAUGGUCGCUGAUAUACAUAUCUGUCAUUUGCUGGUGCAACAAAAUUCCUGUUAACGCAUGUAUGUAUGUGUAUACACAAACAAACAAACACACACACCUACGUUUGUAUUUUUAUUUCUACGGCCGUGUCAUCAACUGGGAGCAGCAUUAAAGUGAAUAUAUGCGGUUUAUUAGCCGCAAGCUCUUCCUCGAAGUUAAUCGCAAGACUUGAAUAUAUGUAAUAUAAGUAAUAUGAUAGAAAAACUGAAUUGCACCGAAGGCAACAGACACAAAAAGAAAAAGUGCCAACAUACGUAAAGUGGGCACACCCGGUCGUGGUUGAAGGACGGACGAGGCACGACGCAUUUUCCGGCCAAGUAUGGUCGAAUCAUAUUACGUUGCGGGCCAGACUAAAUAGUACAAGGUACUAAAACAAACCUCAAGGCAAACACUUGUGCAUGUGGCAUGACUACAAGUCCGUGUUACUAUCCAGCGAGUUGUGUGCGGAGCUGCAAUUAAGACAGACCCUGCCGGCGCCCGAUGUCAAUAGGUGCGCCCCGUCGACCUGUUAGUGCGCCGUAGUCCGUGUUACACACGGCAGCGGUGUUUCAAGUUACACAACACAUCCCAGCCAGCCGGUCCGGACUUAGCCAGCCACAUCCGGACACCAACAUGUUGCGCAGUUGUGUGUGCCUGCAAAACGGCGGCAGUGGCAAGCGGCGCAGCUCCUCCGUGGAAGACGCCUCGUCGUGUCGCUCGUCGGAAAUAGAGCGCGUCGGUGCCAGCAUGCAGACGACCACGCUGGGUUCCAAUGGCCAGCCACAAACGCUGACUCCGCCAACCAGCACGCGCGCCUCCAGUCUGUUGCAAUUGUUCCAGCGGAAAGGUUGGUGCAAGCACUUCCGCAAACCGCUUCGAGGCAUGAGUGCAACGCGUGCCGAGAAAACAAUCAGAGCAGCAAUAUUUAUACAGAAAUGGUAUCGCCGACAUCAGGCACGACAGGAAAUGCGAAAGCGCUGCAAUUGGCAAAUAUUCCAAAACGUCGAAUACGCCUGCGAGCAGGACCAGGCCGAGCUAUACAAGUUCUUCAAUGACCUUAUCAAACACAUGCCCCAGGCCAUUGAGGCUGGCAAUAAAGGUCAGACCUCGAAACAAAGCAUUGGUCCGGAAAAGAGUGCCACAUUAUAUGAGGAAACUGGCGAAAUGGCGCGUAUACAGCUCGAAUUACCCAUACAGAAAAAGCACAUAGAUCUCAUGAUUGAUGUAUUCCGCAAGAAAAGGGGCAACCGUUUGCAUCCAAAAUAUGUGUGCAUGAUAUUGCGCGAAGCUGCAAAAUGCCUCAAACAGAUGCCAAACCUGUGGAUGGUGUCGACGGCUGUCUCCCAGCAGGUGACCAUAUGUGGGGAUCUGCAUGGCAAACUGGAUGACCUGCUGGUGGUGCUCUACAAGAAUGGACUGCCUUCUGCCAGCAAUCCUUAUGUCUUCAAUGGCGACUUUGUGGAUAGGGGCAAGCGAGGGCUGGAGGUGCUGCUGCUCCUGUUGUCCCUCUAUUUGGCAUUUCCAAAUGCUGUGUUCUUGAAUCGCGGCAACCACGAAGAUAGCGUAAUGAACGCCCGCUACGGCUUCAUUCGCGAGGUAGAGGGAAAGUAUCCCCGUAAUCACAAACGUUUGCUCUCGUUAAUUGACGAGGUUUAUCGUUGGCUUCCACUAGGAUCUAUUUUAAACAACCGCGUCUUAAUUGUGCACGGUGGUUUCUCGGAUACUACGAACCUGGACCUAAUUAAAAGCAUUGACAGAGGAAAGUAUGUAUCAAUUCUGCGGCCACCUCUAAUGGAUGGCGAGGCUCUGGAGAAGGCAGAGUGGCAACAGAUUUUUGAUAUCAUGUGGAGCGAUCCGCAGGCCUCGCAAGGCUGCAAGCCAAACGCGUUGCGAGGCGCUGGUGUUUGGUUUGGUCCAGACACAACGGAAUUAUUUUUGAAACGCCAUCGACUUAGCUACGUAAUCCGCUCGCAUGAGUGCAAGCCAAAUGGACACGAGUUUAUGCAUGACAACAAGGUCAUCACCAUAUUCUCGGCCUCGAACUACUAUGCCAUGGGCUCCAACAAAGGCGCCUAUAUGCGCCUGAAUAAUCAGUUGGUACCGCACUUUGUCCAGUACAUUUCGGCGGCCUCACAGACCAAGGAGCUCUCCUUCAAGCAACGCAUGGGCAUUGUGGAGUGUGCGGCAUUGAAGGAACUAGCCGUGCGAAUGCGUGAGCAUCGGGAUGAGCUGGAGGCGGACUUCAAGAAGUACGAUCCCGAUGAUUCUGGCUGCAUAACCAUUUCAAAAUGGUGCUUUGUAAUGGAAAAUGUGACCAAGUUGGGCCUACCCUGGCGACUGCUACGCGAUAAAUUGGCGCCGGGCACGGAUAGCCAAUGUGUGAACUAUGUUCGAACAUUAGACCUCCUGGACACAGACGUUAUUAUGGAAGCUGAGGCAGAUGGUACAUCAGUAAUGGAUGCUUUAUAUGCCAAUAAAGCGAGCUUGGAAACCAUAUUCAAUAUUAUCGAUGCCGAUCAUUCAGGUGAAAUAACUCUGGAUGAAUUCGAGAAGGCAAUUGAUCUGCUGGUCGCUCACAUGCCUGGCGUUUACUCAAAGGAUGAAAUGUUGGAAAAAUGCCGUAUGAUGGAUCUCAAUGGUGACGGUAAGGUAGAUCUAAAUGAGUUCUUGGAGGCGUUUAGACUAAGCGAUUUGAGUAGAAAAGAACAGCAAGAAGAAUAUCUACGCAAGCGUUCGACAUGCCAGCGUCCCUCAGAGUCAGUUACUCGUCUGGCAGAUACAAUAUCAAGAAAUACUCUGGUAGUUGAGCACGAUAUUGAUCCGACUGACUGUGAGGCAAAAGUGGUUGGGCAAAAGUCAUAAUUAUUACCCCAAAAUAGUACAAUUAAUGCAAUUAUUUUUCAAAAUCAUAAGCGGUCAGCCCUAACAUAAUGCCGCUAAAAUAUUAUUAAUAAUUAAGAAGUUAUAAAGAAAAUAAUAUAUCAUAUGCAGCUUAUGCCCCGUAAAGCAUUUUGAAGCUUCUCUUAAAAUCUUUCGCUAAGCUAUCAGAAAAUAUCAGAACAAGCCGUGCUUAUGUUGUUUAUCUUCUGAAGUUUCUUGCACAAAUGUGAAACUUUAAUUUUAAAUUUUAAUACGGGGUGUACGUACGAAAAGAAGGGCAUAUAGGAAAAGGUAGAGAUCGAAGCGCUAUCGGCGAUUGGCUGAUGAACAAGCAACUUAUUAUGUAUCCAUUUAAUUAAUAUAUCUAGCUCUAUAAGCUCUAUGAUCUAUGAUCUAUGCUAACAAAUAUUUCCAAUGAAAAGGAACAAAAAGGGCAAGCUAUAAGAUGGCCUAUGGGCCAAAUCAUUCCCAGCCAAUUUCUUUCUAAACUGCAUUCAAUUACGUUUAGCAAUAAGAAUUACAACUUAUCAUAAAAGUGAAUGGAGUGUAGGUGUUGAUUUUAACUAAAAUUAUUUAUAUUUUGUUAAUUACCCGAAGUACAAAACAUAAAUGAAAUCUCAGAUGACAAUUUAUAUGGGUCGGCGACAGUGCUCGAAUGUAUAAUUCAUAGACAAAUUGUUAUUAAUAUUCACGUUUUACAACAUACAAAUAUCGAAUUGUCUUCACACAUAGUUCAAGCCAUGGGAUCAAAAGCUAACAUUUAAAUUGUUUUGAAAAGCUUACCAAUAACAAAAGUAAAUUAAUUGUUAUAAAUAUAUGCCCCGUUGGGCAAUGUUAUAGAAUUGCAAGAAAUAUAUUUAUGUUAGAUGCAAAAUACAUAUAUCUUUUGAUAAGUCGAAGUCUUUCUACAUUAGUAAAUUAACACAUGCCACAUCAAUUAAUGCUAAGCGAAUAUAUAUACAUAUUCUUAUAAGAAUUACCUGCACUUAAUGCUAUCAAAAGAAUAUUAUUGAAUUCGGCAUUUGAAAUAACCGAGAUGAGCACUUGAGUAAUAACCAAAACAAUUGUAGCUACUAUCUAUAAUCAAACAUAACGAUCUGGUCCAAAUAAAUUUAAAUGAGUUUCGUCUCACGAACAAAUGUCAUGUUAA